AUGGCCGACAUCACCGCCGUCGGUGAGGAGAACCCUUCUCCUACCCAGGAUGACCUGCAGCAAGUCGCCGGUAACGGCGCCGCUGACAACCGCGGCACCAAGCGUUCUCGCAUGAGCGCCGACGACGACGACGAUGACGACGAUAAGCCCGGUCGCGAGCGCAGAAAGAUUGAGAUCAAGUUCAUCCAGGAUAAGUCGCGUCGCCACAUAACCUUCUCCAAGCGGAAGGCGGGUAUCAUGAAGAAGGCUUAUGAGCUUUCUGUCCUCACAGGCACUCAAGUACUGUUGCUCGUUGUAUCGGAGACCGGUCUCGUUUACACUUUCACCACCCCUAAGCUUCAACCAUUGGUGACCAAGGCUGAGGGCAAGAACCUCAUCCAGGCUUGUCUCAAUGCCCCUGAUCCCACCAGUGAGAACGGGGUCGAUGCCCCUGACGUGCCCGCCGAGGCGCCCGAGGAUGUGGCCCACCCCAAUGUCAAUCCUCAGCAGUCGAACAUGCCUCGUCCCGCUGGGAUGCAUCCAGGCUACAUGACCAACGAACAGCAGCAGCAGAUGGCUUACUAUCAAAAUCUGCAGCAGCAACAGCAGGCGGGUGGGCAAUAUCCGGGUAUGCCCGUGGGCAGCCGGAUGCCCCCUCAGCACCAACCCACUGCGUAG